AUGCUGUACUUGUCCCUUUCUUUACUGUCCACAUUGCUUCCUUUCUCCUUCAGCUGCCUUUUUCUUUCCCUCUGUUUUUAUUGUGGUCUCUGUAACUAUCGUCGUUUGUCUCUUAUUUCGUUUCUUCUGUCUUUCCGUAUUUGUCUUUUGCUGUUUCACCUAAUCUUCCUUCCUUCAGUCUUCCACUGUUUCUCGAAUAUUCUUUUCUUCAUUCCUCCAGCAUUUCUUGAAUUUUCCUUUCUUCAGUCUUCUACUGUUCCUCGUAUAUUCUUCUCUUCAUUCCUCCUGUCGUCUCUUGAAUUUUCUUUUCUGUUUCCUCUAGUGACUCUCAAAGCCGUUUUUUUUAUUUCUCCAGUUGUAUUUGUCAUUCUUCCACUGUUUUUUUUAUCUUCCUUUCCCGUUUCCUCCAGGAUAUACAUAAUAGACCCUUUUUCCUCCUCUAAUGUUCUUCAUUUCUCUAUUGAUUCCUUAAGCCGAUCUUCUUUACUCUUGCAGAUAUAUGGGUUUUUCCUUCACUCCUCCAUCAACAAUCUUUUCCGAAUUCAUCUAAUCAUUCCUUCAGCGCUUUUCUUUCUCCUCCAACACAUACUGAGACUUUCUUUUUCAUUCUUUCAUUGCUUAUAUAUUCCUUACUUCAUUCGUCCAACUUCUUUCUUUAUUAUUUUUCUGCUUGAAAUAUUCUCCAGUUUUUUUUCAUAUAAUUUAUUCUUUGCUAUUUUCCUCUCACUCUUUACAUGUCUGUUUCAUUCCUUUUCAUUUUUUACACAUGUUUGUUUUCUUUCGUUCAUUUUUGUCCUUGAGAUUUUCGUUCUUCUUUCCUUUCAUCGAUUAUUUGUUUUCAUUUCGCCCUUUCCCAAAUUGUUAAAAACUAGAAGUCAAAUUUCUUCCUUAUCUUUGCUCUUCUUUUUUAAUUUCUUCUUCAUAUUUUCUUUCGUCAUAUUUUCUUUCUUCUUUAACACAUUCAUUUUAUUUAAUUUAACUCCUUCGAUUCAAAUUCCUACUCUUUUUUCUUGCUUUCUUUCUUUUUUCUUUUAUUCUUUCUUUCUUUCUUUUCUUUUCUUUAUUUCUUUCUUUAGCCAUAUUUUAACACUUUCUCUUCAUUAUAAUUUUACAUUCUUUCUUACUUCUCAUUAUAGAUCUUUCUUUCUUUCUUCUCACUAUAGUUCUUUCUUUUCUUCCCUUCACUAUAAUUUCUUUUUUUUUCAAUAUAAUUCUUUCUUUCUUUUUAUUUCUUCUAAUUAUGGUUCUUUCUUUCUUUCUUUCUUUCUUUCUUUCUUUCUUUCUUCUCAUUAUAGUUCAUUCAUUAUUCUCCUUCUUCCUUUCUUUUCUUUCUUUCUUUUUUAUUUUUCUCAUUAUAGGUUUUCUUUCCUUUUUUCUUUCUUUCUCUCUUUCUUUCUUCUCGUUAUAAUUAUUUAUGUAUUUAUUCUCAUUAUAGAUUUUUUCUUUCUUUCAUUCUUACUUGUCAUUAUAAAUCUUUCUUUAUCUUCAUUAUAUUUUUCUUUCUUUCUUUCUUUCUUUCUUUCUAUCGCUUCAUUAUCGUUCUUUCAUUCAUUCUUUCGUCUCCUUAGAUUUCUUUAUUGUUUGUUUUUUGUUUCUUUUGUGUCUCCACCUUUCUCUUCUUUACUUUUUCUUCUCUCCCAAUAUUCCUCUUAUCUAUCUAUCUAUCUAUCUAUCUAUCUAUCUAUCUAUCUAUCUGUCUGUCUGUCUAUCUAUCUAUCUAUCUAUCUAUCUAUCUGUAUGUCUAUCUAUCUAUCUAUCUAUCUAUCUAUCUGUAUGUCUGUCUGUCUAUCUAUCUAUCUAUCUAUCUAUGUUUGUUUAAAUCUACCACAGUCCUUAUCUGUGUCCGCCUACAUCCAAUUUCAUAUUUGGUUCCUAUCAUAUUAA